GAAAAAGCUUCGAAACUUGGACUUUGUCCUCGAACGAGGGGAGCCUGACGUUUUGCUCAAGAACCGUGGGGCUAGCCUUGGGGCCAAACGAAAGAUAUUUCUCUGGUCUUACCGGUAUAAAGUAGCACUGAGAAGUGAGAACGAGAGUAAUAGUCUAGGGCUUAUUUCUCUUCUCCCCCUUCUACGAUUUCGAAGCUUGACUGGAAGAAAAAAUGGUGGCUAAAGGCGAUAGCAAUGAGAAAUCAUUGGAGUUGUUCUUGAGGAUCGGUUUGGAUGAGAGGACUGCUCGGAACACCAUUGCCAAUAACAAGGUUACUGGCAAUUUAACUGCAGUUAUUCACGAGGCUGGUGUUACUGAUGGGUGUAGCAGGGCUGUUGGAAAUCUAUUAUACACGGUUGCUACCAAAUUCCCGGCUAAUGCACUUGUACAUCGGCCCACAUUGCUUGAAUACGUGGUCUCGUUGAAGAUAAAAACUCCAGCUCAGCUUGAGGCAGCUUUCUCAUUUUUUACAAGCGUUGGUCAGGAGAAAUUUCAAUUGAAUGAUUUUGAAGUAACUUGUGGUGUAGGUGUAGAUGUUUCCUCAGAAGAAAUUGAACGCACGAUUGCUGAGGUUGUGGAGCUGAACAAAAAUGCCAUAUUGGAACAGCGUUAUAGAACAAAUGUUGGUGACCUAUUUGCACAAGUUCGAAAGAGGCAGCCAUGGGCUGAUCCAAAACUUGUGAAGCAAGCUAUGGAUGCAAAACUUUAUGACUUACUUGGUGAGAGGACUGCAGCUGAUAAUGAGAAGGCAUCAAAAAAGAAGAAGGAGAAGACUGUUAAAGUAGAGGAUAAAGUUAGUUCUGUGGAUAUUCCAUCAGUGCCUCCCCCUGAAGAAGAGCUUAACCCUUUCACAAUAUUCCCUCAGCCAGAGGAAAAUUUUAAGGUUCAUACUGAAAUAUUCUUUAGUGAUCGGCCUGUGUUAAGAGUCUGCAAUACAAAGGAAAUGCUAGAAAAGCAUUUGAAAGCAACAGGAGGUCGAGUAUUCACCCGCUUCCCACCUGAACCAAAUGGGUAUCUACACAUUGGCCAUGCCAAGGCAAUGUUUGUUAGCUUUGGCCUGGCAAAAGAGAGAGAUGGAUGUUGUUACCUGAGGUAUGAUGAUACAAACCCUGAAGCUGAAAAGAAAGAAUAUAUUGAUCACAUUGAAGAAAUUGUCCAAUGGAUGGGUUGGAAACCUUUUAAGAUCACUUACACCAGUGAUUAUUUCCAAGAUUUAUACGACCUAGCUGUGGAGCUGAUAAAGAGGGGCCAUGCUUAUGUUGAUCACCAGAAUCCCGAAGAAAUAAAGGAGUACAGGGAAAAGAAGUGGAACAGUCCUUGGAGGGAUAGGCCGGUGGAGGAAUCAUUGAAAUUGUUUGAUGAAAUGAGACGAGGUAUGAUUGAAGAAGGCAAAGCAACUCUUAGAAUGAAACAAGAUAUGCAGAGUGACAAUUAUAAUAUGUACGAUCUGAUCGCUUAUCGUAUCAAGUUUACUCCUCAUCCACACUCAGGAGACAAAUGGUGUGUUUAUCCAAGUUAUGAUUAUGCUCAUUGCAUUGUGGAUUCUCUUGAAAACAUCACACAUUCGUUAUGUACUCUUGAAUUUGAGACUCGCCGUGCUUCAUACUACUGGUUAUUAGAUGCAUUGGGCCUUUACCAACCCUAUGUGUGGGAGUAUUCACGGUUAAAUGUCACCAACACGGUGAUGUCAAAGCGCAAGUUGAACCGCCUUGUCACAGAGAAGUGGGUUAAUGGUUGGGAUGACCCCCGCUUAAUGACACUGGCUGGUUUACGACGUCGAGGAGUGACUGCAACUGCUAUCAAUGCAUUUGUUCGAGGAAUUGGAAUUACUAGAAGUGAUAAUAGUAUGAUACGUUUGGAUCGCCUUGAAUACCACAUAAGAGAAGAGCUUAACAGAACAGCACCUCGUACAAUGGUUGUACUGCAUCCUCUCAAGGUUGUUAUCACAAAUCUUGAAUCAGUGAUUGAUCUUGAUGCCAGGAAAUGGCCUGAUGCUCAGACAGAUGAUGCAUCUUCUUUUUACAAGGUUCCCUUCACAAAUGUUGUGUAUAUUGAACACUCUGAUUUUCGGGUUAAGGAUUCAAAAGAUUACUAUGGGCUUGCUCCUGGUAAAUCUGUCCUACUUAGAUAUGCCUUCCCCAUAAAAUGCACAGAAGUGAUCUAUGCUGAAGAUAAUGAGAGUGUUAUUGAGAUUCGGGCAGAGUAUGAUCCUUCCAAAAAGACAAAGCCCAAGGGUGUUCUUCACUGGGUUGCUCAACCAUCUCCAGGGGUUGACCCUAUUAAGGUGGAAGUCAGAUUGUUUGACAAACUUUUCAUUUCUGAGAAUCCUGCUGAACUUGAUGAUUGGCUUGCGGAUCUGAAUCCACAUUCCAAGGAGGUAAUACCGGAGGCUCUUGCUGUAGCCUCUCUUAGCAGUGCUGCUGUUGGAGACAGGUUCCAGUUCGAAAGACUAGGGUAUUUUGUGGUUGAUCCAGAUUCUACACCGGAAAAACUUGUGUUCAACCGAACAGUUACUCUACGAGAUUCGUAUGCAAAGGGUGGAAGCAAGUAAAUCUAGUCUUUCAAGCUGACUGCGGAAGAGACAGGAGACCAAAAAUGGGCUAUUGGGGUCUGGGGAGCUGUUAAUACUUAAUAGAUAUAUUCAAUGCAGCAUGUUGUCACCAUCGUCGCCUUCAUCACCAACACCUUGACCUGACAGGGUUUGGCUAACAAACAUACCAACAUAUCAAAAUUCUAUCAUUACUGUUUGCAUGAUUUUAAUUUGUAUAAAUCUUGGUUUUGUAGUUGUAUGUAUACUUGUCAUUUUAUUUGUGACAAUGGUAUCAUAAAUAUAUCUGUCCCAAGUUCCUCUCA